ACAUGCUCGACCACAGUCUCUUCAAAAUAGAGCGUUGCCGCUCAUAUGGCACACCGAAAUAGAAUAGUUUUCAUGUCUGUUUGGACGGCUGCCCAGCUAAAACUAUGCUCAGCCGCUUGACUGGGGGAUGUGGGCUUUUUCUACCCAAGAAAAAUCUUAGGGUGACAAAUCCUGACCAAAGACUGAGGCAGUUGGGCUCCCAGUUCCUCGGUUGGGCUGCGAGGAGAGAGGAGUUUGCAGGGCAGGGGCAGAGGCUUGCGCCUCGACAAUGAAAACUCCAGGGGACACUUAACCUUCAAGACACUGACUUGAGGCUGGGGUGCUGUGCUGAUGUGGUAUGGACACAGAUAGAAUGGCUAGUUCUCAGAGCUCCAGGAUGGCUAGUCUUCAGAGCUCCAGAAUGGCUAGUCCUCAGAGCUCCAGAAUGGCUAGUCCGCAGAGCUCCAGAAUGGCUAGUCCUCAGAGCUCCAGAAUGGCUAGUCCUCAGAGCUCCAGGAUGGCUAGUCCUCAGAGCUCCAGGAUGGCUAGUCUUCAGAGCUCCAGAAUGGCUAGUCCUCAGAGCUCCAGAAUGGCUAGUCCGCAGAGCUCCAGAAUGGCUAGUCCUCAGAGCUCCAGAAUGGCUAGUCCUCAGAGCUCCAGAAUGGCUAGUCCUCAGAGCUCCAGGAUGGCUAGUCCUCAGAGCUCCAGACACAGUAGCUCUGUUUCAUCAUCUCCAAUGAGCAGGAUGCACUCGCUCCAGGUGGACUCGGUGCAGCGCUGGAUGGAGGACCUGCGUCACAUGACAGAGGUGGAGUGCAUGUGUGUUCUGCAGGCCAAGGCCAUUGGCGUGGAGGAGGAUGCCCAGGGCGAGCUCAUCGUGGCCACGGGGGACCAUGUGGCCCGCGACAACCUGCAGACGCUGCUGCGGCGGGCGCUGGUGGUCAGCACGGAGCUGGGCAAGAUGUUCCAGCGGCUGGAGAAGGGCCGCUGGCAGCGGGUCCACAGCACGGCCGUCCGGGCCAACUGCCACGUGCGCUCGCUGGUGCACGAGUAUAGCGCCGCCCGCAACACCCCCUCGGAGAUGCAGAAGUAUGAGAAGUCUUUGCUUGAGAAGUGCAUGGAGCUGACCACCAUAACAGAGAGAUGCCUUCAUACUGAGGACGAAUUCUUCCUAAAGUCCAUGAGGGAGGCCAUUAACGAGAUUCUCACUGAUGUCAGCGAUUCGUUCAGCCACAUGAUUGACAUGGCCCUGGCCAAUGAGAUCCAGAUCCUGAUCAGGCAGAUUGAGUCAUCAGACAGUGUGUACACCAUCAGCAGUGCCAUCAGCAACCUGCUCUCCCUCACCCAGGACGGCCUGCAGCUCUGCAGAAUCAUCGCCAAGGAGGGUGCUGUGGUGGCCCUGUUUAAGAUCUGCCGGCAGGACUGCUUCAGCGACCUCUACGCACACGCCCUGAGGGCGGUGGCCUCAAUAUGUUGCGUGGAGGAGGGCAUCAACCAGCUGGAGAAGGUGGAUGGGAUCCUGUGCCUGGCGGACAUCCUGACCGAUGAGAACAGUGCUGAGGCGGCGAGGGCAGAGGCGGCGGCGGUGGUGGCCCAGAUCACCUCGCCCCACCACACCUCCACCCAGCACCUGGGCAGCUUCCUGGAGAGCAUGGAGGACAUUGUCACUGCUCUCAUCAAGUUGUGCGGGAGUGCCUCCUGUGGUGAGGUCUUCCUCCUGGCGUCUGCUGCCCUUGCCAACAUCACAUUCUUCGACAGCAUGGCCUGUGAGAUCCUCCUCCAGCUCAACACCAUCCACAUCCUCCUCCAGGCAUGCAAAGACCGCCAGAGAGUGGAUACUCCCUACUCUAAAGACCAGGUGGUUACCAUCUUGGCAAACCUCUCUGUUUUGGAGCAGUCUGCACCUGAAGUCCUGCAUGAGAAGGGUGUUGAGAGACUGCUCCAGCUGCUGGGUGAGAAGCCGUCGUCCUCUAGUCCAUCGGAGGGCGCCGCGUGCGAGCGGGUCCAGCAGAAAGCCGCUGUCACACUGGCCCGUCUGAGCAGAGACCCGGACGUAGCCCAAACAGCCAUCCAGCUGCAAGCUGUCCCUCGACUAAUCGAACUGUGUCGCUCACCAGCGGAGAGGAACAACAGCGACUCUGUACUGGUUGCAUGUCUGGCUGCCCUGAGGAGGCUGGCGGCGGGGUGUCCAGACAGCAUCGAGGCCGCCGACCAUCAGCAGCUGAUCAAGCCCAGACUGGUGGACUCUUUCCUGCUGUGCUCCAACAUGGAAGAGAGCUUUGUAUGAGAAGAGAGCUUUAUAGGACGAUUCAGAGCGGAAGGGUUGGGUGCACAGACACUGGAGGAGUCUCAGUGACCACUCACUCUGCAGGCUUUUGUUCCAGCCUGAGACUUAAAAGCAUACAAGACAAAGGAAGGGUUGCUGAAAUCAGUCCCUAUAUCCCAAAGCACGCAUUGAGUGUAUACCAAAGAAUCUGAGCAUAAACGGAAUUGCCGUUAGUAAUUACAGAACUGCCAUUCUCGAAGUACAAAACAGCGAAAUUCGGGGACAUGUACAUGAUGGCAGCAUUCACGAAAUGGUAUCAAUUGGUUGUAACUCAUCUCAUAGCAAAAUCUCCUUAGCGUUUUUUUAACAUCCACAGUGUACAUGUGACCACCAUUCAUUAAUAAAAAAUUAAUCAGUGGGUGUUGGAAAUGUAAAAAGUGACUAAUAAUGAAUCAAGAGCCUUUUAAAAAGUGUUAGGCUCCUAACACUGUCGGUGUUGGAAAUUAACAGCUUGUUGGUCAGUUCCUUAGUCAUUUUUGGUCAGUCAGUUUGUCAAAGAUUUCACUUACUAUUUUACAUUAUUUUGUGUCAGCUGCCAAUUUAAUGGGUUGUUAAAAUAUUACAAAAUGAUAUUGUGCUCUGUUACUUUCGGAUAAUAAUCUGUUUAAUGAGUUGUUGGUGGAACAUACAGUAUUUUCAAGGUAUUUGAUUACAUUAUCUAAUUUCCCUCUCUAGUUCAGGGGACGUAAUAAAAUAGGUUACUGAUUUUAGUGGCUGUUGUGAGCGGAAUGCGACUACUAAAGGAGGUUUACCUGGAAACAAAGUGCUUUGAAAUCUAUAAUAUUGUAUCUGUAUUUCUCGCCUUGGAUCUCAAACAUUGUAUUUGCUACAAAGAAACAUAAAUGGGUUCUAAACCACAAUUUCUUGGUGAAACUAUAGUUUUUGAUUUUUUUAAAUAAAUUACUAUUAUAAUGUAUGGCAUGCAUAUACUGUAAUAAAGGGAAGCAUAUCUUA